AUGUUACAUUAUGAACACGGAUAUCCUUUACUGUGUGAUCGUUUGCAACAUCUUUUCACCACGUGGUCUCCAUCUGGCAUUGAUCUAACUCUGCAUAAACUCGACUCAGCACCGGAUCCGUUCAUUGUAUCGUUUGAUGGUUAUUAUGUUCGAUCGAAACGAUCAUAUUUUAUUAAUGAUGCGGUCGGUUUCAAUCGAACGAUUAAUAUCGAGCAAAGACCGAAUCAGCUGAGCGAUUUUGAUGUUAUUGAGAUAUCAGCAAGUGAUGCCAAUGGAGUGCUGGAAUCAUUACAACGAUCGGCGCACAUACGGUUUGUAUCGCUGAAUACUAUGUUCCAAUCGAUCGGAGUUUCAAGACGCACACACCUGCGUCGUGGUGGUACAGCCAGUUCAGAGAUCCAUCAAGUAACUGAGUUGUUGAACGCCAAUAAACUAUGGGAUAUGGGUUUUAAAGGUCAAGGUGUUAAAGUGGCAGUGUUCGAUACGGGUCUAUUUGAGCAUCAUCCACAUUUUAGAAAUAUUGUUGAACGAACCGAUUGGACCAAUGAACAAACUGCUGAUGAUGGGUUAGGUCACGGCACCUUCGUAACGGGCAUAAUAGCGAGCUCAAAUAAAAACUGUGCAGGAUUUGCACCCGCUGCCAGUAUAUAUGUAUAUAAAGUGUUCACUAAAAAGCAGGUAUCAUUUACGUCGUGGUUUUUAGAUGCAUUCAAUCAUGCAAUAUUACGUGAUAUUAAUGUUCUUAAUUUAAGUAUCGGUGGACCAGACUUCACGGAUUUGCCAUUUAUGGACAAAGUGUGGGAAUUGACAGCGAACGGGGUCAUUCUGAUCUCUGCAAUCGGGAACGAUGGACCUAAAUUUGGCACGCUGAACAAUCCAGCGGAUCAAAUGGACGUGAUUGGUGUUGGAGGUAUUAAUAUUGACUCAAAAGUGGCUCGAUUCUCAUCUCGUGGAAUGACCACUUGGGAAUUACCAGGUGGUUAUGGCCGUGUAAAACCAGACAUAGUAACAUUUGGAGCGUCAGUUUAUGGUUCCUCUUUGGAUGGUGGUUGUAGAGCAUUAUCUGGUACUUCAGUGGCUUCUCCGGUUGUUGCUGGUGCGGUAACAGUUAUACUUAGCGGAAUAGAAGACCGUCGAUUGUGGAAUCCGGCAGUGGUGAAACAAGCGUUAGUUGAGGGUGCGGUUCGAUUACCGAACGCAGCAACGAUGUUCGAACAGGGCGCUGGUAAAGUCGAUUUACUUGCAUCGUUCGAUUAUAUGCGAAAAUUGAUUCCAGCGUACAUUGACUUCACGGAGUGUCCGUAUAUGUGGCCGUAUUGUAGUCAACCGUUGUAUUUUUCUCCAAUACCUACCAUUAUAAAUGUAACGAUUGUCAAUGGUCUUGGUGUUUCUGGUCGUAUUCUUGAGCCUCCAAUAUGGGAACCGUUCAUCGAUGAGAACGGUGACGUGCUGAAAGUUUCAAUAAGUUAUCCAGAAUUAUUAUGGCCUUGGUCAGGUUACAUGGCGAUUUCGUUGAGCGUGAUCCGAGACGGAAAAAUUUAUGAGGGUACGGCAGCUGGGCGAAUCACUGUCACCGUUACGAGUGAUACAAAUGGCAUGAAACAACGUUCAACAGCAAUGUUUAUGCUUCGAGUGCGGAUCAUACCGACACCGCCAAGAAGUCGGCGUAUAAUAUGGGAUCAGUACCAUAACAUGCGAUAUCCACCUGGUUACUUACCUCGAGAUAAUCUCCGAGACCGUGCAAACCCACUUGAUUGGACCGCUGAUCAUCCACAUACCAACUUCAAAGCGCUUUAUCAGCAUCUCAGAAGUAGUGGAUAUCAUAUUGAGGUACUUGGCGAACCGUUGACUUGUGUGGAUUUAAGCGAAUAUGCAAUGCUGAUUGUUGUUGAUCCAGAAGACGAGUUCUUUCCGGCUGAACGUGAAAAACUCUAUUUGGAUGUUGUUGAUUCGGGACUGAAUUUGGUGGUGUUUGCAGACUGGUUCAAUGCCAGCGUUAUCGACAAAAUCCGUUUUCUUGAUGAAAAUACCAAACAGUGGUGGCAACCAGAAACUGGUGGAUCGAACGUGCCAGCACUCAAUGACCUUCUCUCGUAUUGGAACAUCACUCUCGGAGCACAGGUUCUUGAUGGUAUCGUCUCAAUUGGACACACCUCAAUCAGAUAUUCUUCUGGAACAUCUAUCAUUCGAACACCAAAGGGUUCGUGGAUCGCUAGAGCGAACUUAACCGAUAUUGGAAGUGAAACAGUAACGGGUGAAAGAUCUGAACAGUUGUACGAAUCAGUCGUUUUUACAUUCUACAGAAGUGAAAAUUUUUCAGAAAAAAAGUCGGGAUUUGUAGCAGUAUUCGGUGAUAGCACAUGCUUAGAGAUGAGUAUGAAUGUUGAAUCGAGAAGUUGCAUUCCUCUUUUAGAUGAUCUUCUUGAAUCGGCCAAUGAAAACGAACUAAGCAAUUUGCUUCGGCAUUAUCUCGAGCAGUUAAACAUGGGGUUAGUACUCCAGAAAGGAGGACCUAAUGGAAUUCCUCCUCCGAAGCGAAUAACCACGUCAAAUUUCGCGAAAUAUUCUAAGGUUAUUUCUGCAUUCAACGAUGACUCAUCUCCUGUAUAUCGUGCUCUUCCUCAAUGUAAACGAUUCCCAAUGAGUAUCCCACAUCCACUCACCAAUGUCACAUCGCCAUCCGAUCUUAAUGAGGGAAGGCGUCGAAACGAUCGAAGCAAUGCUUUAUAUGAUAAUAUACGAUCUGAUUUCGCUGCUGUUCAGUGGCCUAGCCAAGGGGAGGGAGCGCAUACCCUCUCCCUCCUGAAGGGUGGUAGGAAAGAAAAGGAAAAGGAGAGGGAAACGACAAGAAAGAUGGGAAUUGAGGAUGGAAGGGAGAUGGAAGGAACAUUGAUCCACAUUACAAUUAGAGGCGUUGACGAAGAGCGAGCACUAGAUUUGAAUACCUGA